CCUGAGCACCGGCCGGGCCCUAUCGAGGAAGAUGGCGGCGCCCAGUGAGGAGUCGGACUGUGCGGGCUUCAGCUUCGGGCCAGUGGAGGCGGCGCUAGCGGCGCUGGAAGCCGAUGAGGAGCCGGGCCGGCGGCUGGAGCGGCUGCGGGAGAUCAUGGAGCUGCUCCGCGAGCAGCAGCACCGAGAAACUGCGUCUGAGCGCAUCUUCCGCAGCAUCCAGCACAUCCUGGUGACGGCUUCCCGCGAGGUGGAGCUGGCCUGCCAGGAUGACAGCCGCCGGGCACAUCUGGAGCCCCAGCUGCAGCUCAUCGCCGAGUGCUUCCGCUGUCUGAGGAACGCCUGCGUGCAGUGCCCCGGGAACCAGGGCAUGAUCAGGAACUUGAAUUUGAUCGGCACCACAGUGAGGCUGAUGGAUUUAUUUCAGAAGCUAGACAUCGUGCAGGAAUCUCACUGGACAGCCUUCCGCUGCAGCCUGCAGUUCCUGGGAAACAUCUCGGCAGGGAAUGAGGCCUCACAGCAGGCCGUGUGGAGGGACGCCUUCCCAGAUCUCUUCUUGUACUGCCUCUGUCAUCCGGACGAGAAGGUUGUCGCUUACGCUUCCAUGAUCUUGUUCACAUGUCUGAGCACCGAGCGGCUGAGGGACCUGCAGACCCAGAACCUUGGCGUGGCUCUGAGGGUUAUUGAAGCCUACCGGAAGCAGCCCGAGUCUGAGUGGGCGUUCCUGAUCAUUUUAGACUACUUGCUGAAAAGCCCAGAACUGGUGAAAUCCAUGUACACCAAGCUGAGCCAUCCAGAAAGGGUGACACUGCUCGACCUCAUGAUAGCCAAACUCCUAGGGGAUGAGCCACUGACCAGAGAGGACCUAACCGCAUUUCUAAGUCAUGCUGAGUUGGUCGCAAGCAACUUCCAAGAAAAAUGCAAGUCUGUGCUGAAGCUAGCCUCAGCUGGGCACGAUAAUGAUGAGGAAGCCCUGGCUACAAUCAGGCUUCUCCAUGUCCUUUGUGAAAUGACCGCCAACUGUGAGCUGCUAGGCCCCUUACAAGCUUUCCCGGGGCUCCUCGAGACUGUAGUUGAGAUCUUACAGUUGACUCACCUGGCCGGGAAGCAGACCCCAAAUGUCUUCACAGCUACUGCUUGUAUGCGAGGUGAUGGGGAUGUCUCCAACCCUGCGAUGGGCUUCAAGUCACACCUCGUGCGCUUGAUUGGGAACCUGUGCUACAAGAAUACAAAAAACCAAGACAAGGUGUACGAAUUGGAUGGCAUUCCCCUGAUUCUGGACAACUGCAGUAUGGAUGACAACAAUCCCUUUUUGAAUCAGUGGGCAGUGUAUGCCAUAAGAAACCUGACUGAACAAAAUAAAAGAAAUCAAGAGCUAAUUGCCAAGAUGGAGGACCACGGCCUGGCAGAUACAGCUGUGCUUAAGAAAAUGGGUCUUGAGGUUGAAAAACGAGAUGGGAAACUCACUCUGAGAUCCACAAAAAAAGGUCCUAGUUGUGAAUAAUAGCAACACCUGACUCGUGGCGCCCUGGGAUUUGCCAUUCCUGCAGAAUGUGGAAUGACAAGGGUCUGAAGAGCAUCUGACCAGUUUAAAGCCCAAACCGUCUGAAGUUCGGGGAAAACGGGCCCCAUUGGCAAUGUGCCUGCAGAGGGGACAGUGGCCAUUUGACAUUUUGUGCCUUAGAGUUGCCAUAGACUUCUGCAUCUUCAGAUAAUAAAGUUUUCUGUUUGAGGAGGCUUGGCCCUCCUGUGGUCUAAGAUUUGGAUGUUUGCUUGCCCCCCCUCCCCCUUCCAAAUCUGGCCAACGCUCACUUCCAGGGAGCUGCUACAGAGCGGAAGAACCUAGCUCUGUUGUCCUUGCUGGCAGGGAAGGGUGGCCCCCAGAGAUCCAAGGGGCUGGAUUCAUGCCUCUGACCCCAAUGGGCUUUAGCGAAAUGGAGCCCCUGGAAAGUGAAGAGGUCGCUCCAAGCCAGCCACCCGUCAUCUGUUCUGCUCUACUGAGCUGGGACAGAAUACCUCUAAACGUUUUGCCUUUUAAAACUCCAAACACUUGGACCGAUUGCUUCUGGGCAAGGCUGACAGAUGAGGGAGCAGCGAGGUGCAGGAACAGAGCUCUGUCCUCAGGGUAAGCAGACAGGGGUUAAAAUUCCAUCUCCAACAAGAGUGAUUUUGGGCAUCGGAUCUGGAAGUGCCUUUGGAGACCACCGCUAGUAGCCCCUUUGUUUUAUGGAUAAGGAAGUGGAAGCCAAGGGCAAGGGACUGGCACAAGGCCACACUGCAGCAUGCAAAUGGGCAGAUUCAAACCCAAGUCUUCCAGUCUUAAUUCCAAAGGAUCCUGGCCCUUUGUCAUUCUAACUGCGUGAGCUGCCAUGCAAAUGCCUUCAGCUCUCUGAAGGUUUCCUCAUCUAUUAAAAAGGAAUAACCACCCCUCUUGGACGCACGCUCUCUCCCUCCCUCCCGAGGCUCGGCCUGGUAGCUGUGGGAGAAAAAGACAAGGAGGAAGGGCCAGGGCCGGUUCCUUAUUUCCCACGCCAGUCGCUGAUCCUGAAAUGAGCCAGCCGCCCAACCCUGACCACAGAUUGGACACCCCUCUCCGGGCUGUGCCGAAGCAGAAUAACUCCCGCCGCCUCGCUCCUUUUUCAGUAGCUGGGAGAAUCCCGUGAAAGCUUCCAGAGGCGCUAAAUGCUGGCCCCAGGGUAUUAACGCUUAGGAAGCACUUUCAAGUCCGCGGGGUUCCUCCCGAGGCUGAGAGGAGCGUUUUCGUCACCUCCAGGACAUUCUUUCAGGAUAGAAACCAAGGCAAAUAAAAACGCAAAGAAUUCCCUUCUGUUCUGAGGGCGCUGAGAGUUAAAAUCCACCGCACAAAACAAAUCGAGCUGGGAGCCUGGCCUGAGGAAAAACCAGUAGGGGGGCCAGAGGCGGGAGAGGGGGGGUCCCUUUUUUUUUCCUUUUUAACGAGUUUGCAAUUGACACUUUUUUUAGCCUCAAUGGUUGUCUGGCCACCAAUAGAAUCACGCGAACAUGGACUUAGAAACCACACAAUGGCCAGCACACAUCGCCAAAAGGGAAUCCUCUGGGAAUGAACGAGGGGGGUAAUAGUUCUGUGUUUUCGAACUAGGAAAUCGGGGGCUUUCAGAGUGAAAACAUGCUGAUGACUCUAUUGUGAACGGCUUUGGGUUCCCUGGGAUAGAUGAAUUCUGAGGAGACAACAGCUGCCCCGGCUCCCCCCGGGCCGUUGGAGCCCUGAGACCCUUGUCUCACACGCCAAUUCGCCAACAACAAAACGGGGAGGAGGCGAGGCGGGCGCGGCCUGGGAGACUUUGGGAAGGGUCAGCAUGGCCUCGCCAAGUCUUGUGACCGCCUUAUUGCUUUCAAGAGCUCACGGGCAAACAAGCCCCAUUUUGGAGCUUCCUUUAUUUUAAAAGCAACAGGGAAGAUGGAUUGUCUUCCUGGUAACGAAACUUCCCCUGCUCCCCCGCUGUCCCCCCAGCUGAUUGUCUUCUUACCACAUAUUCUCUUGUAACGUUGGGGCCGGUUCUCUCCUUUGCCUCCACCCCAUCACGUUAUGUCAUC